AUGCUCACCCAGACGUUCGUGCGCCGCAGCCUCUCUCUCACCAAGAACCUCCGCCUCCGAGUCAGAUCCUACGCGACCAUGUUCGGAGACUAUGCCCCGCUCGUGAUCACCCCUGCGCAGCUGCACGACCAGCUGAAGGCGAAGCCGGCUGAUGGCACGGACAUCGUCGUGCUCGACGCGUCCUGGCACAUGCCGAACUCGCCGCGCAAGGGCGCGGAGGAAUUUCCGCGUGCUCACCUGCCUUCGGCGAGGUUCAUCGACAUAGAUGCGGUCUCGACGCCGCAUCCCUUUGUGCCUCAUAUGAUGCCUGACCCGGCGACAUUUGCGAGUGCUUGCGCACGCCUCGGCAUCUCCCCGGAGACGCAUGUUGUGCUAUAUGACACCCAUGGGGUCUUUUCUUCACCGAGAGCCCUGUACAUGUUCCGCGCAUUUGGACAUCACCGCUCAAGUAUCCUGGAUGGGGGCCUUCCUGGCUGGCAGGCCCACGGCGGCGUGACCGAGGACGGCCAAGCAUCCGCUGUUGCGAGCCAGCCCGAAUACCCGCCGACGACGUUGAGGAAAGACAUCGUCAAAGACUACGGCCAGAUCGUGUCCAACUCGAAGCUAGACCCGGCGAAGGAGGCUGAUGCGUUCUACGUCCUCGACGCGCGCGCAAAGGACCGCUUCCUUGGGAAGGCUCCCGAGCCCCGCCCAGGGCUUCGCUCUGGACACAUGCCCUACGCGGUCUCGCUCCCCUUCAACGCGUUCCUCGAGACGCACACCGUUCCGGAGCAUAUCGCGUCCAAGGUGCUCAAGCCGAGCGGCCAAGACGGACCGUACACGUACACCCGCCUGCGCUCCAACCAGGGAAUCCUGACCGCCCUCGAGGAGUCGUUGGGCCCCGAGCGUACCGAGGAGGUUCUGCAAGGCAAGCGCCAGGUCGUGACGACCUGCGGGAGUGGCAUGACUGCCAGUGUGCUUUGGCUCGGGCUGAAGCUGCUCGGCGUCGAACGCCUGGGCCUCUACGACGAGUCGUGGCUGGGUUACGCGACGCGCCCGGAGAGCGAGGUCGUCCAGGGGGAGUGA